CUCAGUCAAUUGGCAACUCCUUUUAAUCGCUACCAGCGGAGGGGCUGGGAGUUCGAAAUGGUUCUGCUGUUUUAUACUCUGUAUGGAUUUGCCAUAUUUUUCUUUGGUGGAUGGUGUUUCGUGUGGCUUUUACACAUAAUUGCUAUUUUAAACGGGAAACUGAAGCUUCAUAAAAAAUUCCAGCUACCAUCUCCCGAAGUUCCAUUACCUGGAGUAUCAAUCUUGAAGCCUUUGACAGGAGUGGACCAAAACCUGUUUAGUAAUUUGGAAUCAUUUUUUACUAUGAAUUAUCCCAAGUUUGAAUUACUUUUUUGUAUUGAAGACGAAAGUGAUCCUUCCAUAAUGCUAGUGAAAAAGUUGAUGGAAAACCAUCCAGAAGUAGAUGCCAGUAUUUUUAUUGGAGCCCCUAAAGUAGGUGUCAAUCCAAAGAUUAAUAAUAUGAACCCUGGGUAUGAAGCAGCCAAGUAUGAUCUUAUUCUAGUCUCAGAUAGUGGAAUCAGAAUGAAGGAGGAUACGCUACUCGAAAUGGUCUGUGCUAUGACUGAUAAUGUGGCUCUUGUUCACCAAAUGCCAUUCACAUGUGAUAGAAACAAUUUCCCUGCUGUCAUGGAAAAGGUGUAUUUUGGAACAUCUCAUGCAAGAAUAUAUCUUGCUGCAGAUUUGUUUCGAAUAAAUUGUCCAACAGGAAUGUCAGCUUUAAUGAGGAAGAAACUUCUAGAUGAAGUUGGAGGGAUGAAAGCAUUUGGCCAGUACUUAGCAGAAGAUUUCUUUUUUGCCAAAUCAUUUACAGAUAGAGGAUGGUCUCUCCGAAUAAGUUCUCAACCAGCAUGGCAAAAUUCUGGUUUAUGUGAAAUAACGAAUUUUAAUAAUCGCGUAUCAAGGUGGGCUAAAUUAAGAUUUGCAAUGGUACCAUACACAAUAGUUUUGGAACCUCUUUCUGAAUGCGUUGUCCUGGGAGCCUGUGCUGCAUGGGCUGUCAACGUCCUCUUUCAGUGGGAUGUUUUCGUAGUGUACUUAGUCCACAUCUUAGCUUGGCUAAUUUUAGACUGGGUUCUCUUGAAUGUAAUACAGAACUCUGCACUGCCAUUCAGUAAAAUGGAUUUUGUAAUUGCUUGGAUGUUUCGUGAGUUAGGUGCUUUUUACCAUUAUUGUCUGGCACUUUUUGACCCAAAGAUACAAUGGCGGACUCGUACAUUUUACUUAAAAUGGGGAGGCCUGGCCGAAGAAUUUAAUCCUCGAAUAUGAACUUCUGCAGCAUCUCUGAUAGGACAGUGACUGAUGCAAUUGAAUGAGCCAGUAUAUGAAAAAGUCUCCAGCAGGUACCUGAUGAUUUUCAACUGGCAACUACAAAACUGUGUUAUCAAAUUUUUCUUCGACUGCUGGUCAGUGAAUUUGUGGCUUGUGAUGUACAGAACAAUUUUUUGUACAAAGUUCCUUUAAAGGAGUCCACUUACUGUGAUUUAUUUUACCUCCCGAAGGGACCGCUCUUUGCUCAAAUUAUCAUGUAGUUGAUUGUUUCUCCUAAAUCCUCCUACUCAUGUGUGCAUGUGAAUCUGUGCCCACAUGUGCAGAUUUAACCAAGUCUUUUUAUUCUGUGAUUUGUUUGAAAUUAAUGACCGCCUUCUGACUCUUGAGUUACUGCAAUUAUAAUAGUAUUCAGUGCCUGAAAAAAAUUUGUGAACAGUCUUACUUGUUGCUGCCAAGUUUUGUUCUGCUUGCUCGUUAAAGGUAUGGACAGCUGCCGUAUUCGAACUCUGUAAGCUGCUCCAAUCAAUCUGACUUUAUCAUAUUGGAAUUAUUGUUCGUUUUCAAGAAAAUUGAUCAUCAUCACUUAUCUUAAUUGCAGUUUUUGAUAUCAAAAAAAGUUACCUUAAUCGACAUCACAAAGAGAUUUUUAUCAGUUGGUGAUGAUUUAGUGCAUUUCAGAGUGCAUAGUUUCUUAAUCAGAAUUACAUAAUAUUUAAGCAGAGCAAAACUCCCUUUAAAAAGUCAUUUUGUUUAAAAUUAUAUAUAUAUAUAUAUACAUUAUAUAUGUUCGUGUGUGUCUCAAUGGACUCAUUAAUUCUUAAUCACCUGUAAAUGUAUGUUGUGUUGUUUGAAUAGUCUAUGGAUUAUUUUAAACAUUAAAUUUAGUUUGUUGGUACAAAUCAUCUGAAAAUGAAGAUAUAGUUAUAUGUAGAUGUACAAAUUUUACUGUAUAUUAUAAAUGAAAGAAUUUAGAUAUUUAGAUACCAUCCCUUCUUUGUGGUGUGAAGAUAAAAAUUUAUUAUUCUUACAUAACAUAAUUAGGUAAAAAUUUAUUAUCAUGACUACUUAAUUAUUGUUCCAGUAUGUGUUCAAAUUUCUCAAAUUAACUGGGGGAGUGCUAUUAAAAUGUUUCAGUUUGAAUCGUUCUUCAAUGAAAAUAUGUCAAUUAUAGAAAUCAAAUGGUCUGUAAUCAAUUUUCAUUAAUAAAUUCUUUUUAGAAAAUAUAUUUUAAUAUUUUAGAUUUAAAAAGUUUUUAUCUACUUGUUUUUAAAAUACUGUACUGCAAAUAUGCAAGGUAUUUAUUUUGUGUCUUACAAUUAAGAUCUCAGCAAGUAUUCCUUUUUUUUCUUUAUUGAAAACAAAUUUGGGUACUCUUUAUGUUUGAUUUUUGUUUUUUCUAAUCCUGGGACAAAUGUAAACCUUCUAAUCUUGUGAAUUCAAAGAAACUUUUUUUUUUUGUUUGUUUGUUUGUUUCCAUUUUUAACAAUGCAAAGCAAAAAUAAUUAUCUAUACAUCUUUUUUAGUUGCAACAUCUUUUAUGAUCUCCCUUUUUAAAAAAAUGCAAUUAAAAGGAUUUCAUAUUUUCUUUUUUGUUUGAAAUUUUGUAUAUUUUAUCUUUGCUUAACAUAGUACUUAUUAAGUCCAGGUUUAAAGCUUUAUUAAGGGGGAAAAGAAAUUUUUGGUAAAAAAAAUCUUAGAUUUAUAAAUUUAUCAUCUUGAUGUUUUCCCAUCCACUAAUAUACACUAAAAGGUCAUCAUCAUACAGCCACAGAUAUCAAAUGCUAAAUGCCAUACUUUUUUCUAUUUGAAAUUUUUUGUAAGAAUGUUUAUAUGUAGCUUUGAAGUGUUUAUAAAUUUUUGAAAUGCAAGAUUUUCUGCAUAACAUAUGUUAUUAAUACUAUGUGCAGUGCUUAAUAUCCUGGUUUUAAUUUUUCUUUUUAUACAUUUAUUCAGUUUAUAGUUUCUUAUAUUUAAAUUUGCUGACUAAUAUCUGUUAACUCUUUUUAGUGUAAGAUUUAGUAUUAGUUGUAUUUUAAUUUAUUAUGAAUUAUUUCUUGAAUUGUCCUUAAUCUAGACCUAAAUAACAAAAUAAUAAAAUAAAAAUAAGUUUCUUUUAAAUAAUAUAUAAAUUAAAAAUUUAUUUAAUGUAAAAUGAAAAUAUAUUUGUAUAUAGCUUUUUUAAUUCAUACUUGCCUAAGUAGAAUGUGUAAUAUUUCAAAAAAAAAAAAAAAAAGCAGUAUCUUGCUCAUUGUAAGAUUUUCAUAUCAAAUACUCCGUCUUGUUAACAAUAAAUGUUCAUUUAUUUGUAAAGGAUGUCUUAUGCUUCUAGGUACUUGCCUCAUCUCUGCUGCAUUAUGCCGUGUUCUUCAUUGUUAAGUUUUAGUUGUAAUGCAAAAAUUUUGAAAACUAACAAUGAAACUGUAAUUAUGGAAUGUGAAUUUUCAGCUGUAGCUUCACUGUUAGUUUUCAGAGUUCAUUUCUUGAAUUUAUAUGGUUUGUGAAAUAGUGGUUGUGAAUUUCUGUUUUUAGAAAGUAGGUAGUUUUAUAAUGUAUUUCAAAUGAGAAAUUUCUUUCAUUUUGCAGUUCAUUCAACACCUCCCCCAAGAUAAAUUUUGUGUGUAAGAUUAUCUGUUUUGUAUUGAUCAUUAUUCUCAAAAAUUAAAGCUGAGUUAAUGUCUUUAAUAAUUAUGUUUACAAUUGUAAAAUUUUCUUUUGUGAUAUGUGAAGCAAAGAAAUGUAUUUACAAGAGGCUGAAAUGUGGUAUUUUAAUUUCCUUACUGUGUGAUACACAAAGAAUGAAUUUAUUAUAUUUUAUUAGCCCCUUUCAUGAAAUAAUGUUUGUUAGUGAAAUAUUUAAAUGUUUUCAUUAAUAUGGUGGCCUUUUGCAUGUAUUCUCAGCUAAGAGAAAAACUAUUUAUUUUUACUCAAUAUCCAUAUUGUGUUUAUCGAUUCAAGGUUCCAAAUCUUCCAUUUGUUUUAACAUUCCAUUUCAUGUACCAUGAGUGUAGUGUCAGCAAGGUGAAAAUUUGAGUGUUUUUCCAAUAACUUCAGCAGAGUUUAUUAAUAAAACUGAUGAAAAAAAUAAUUUUUGUUGUAGUUGUAGAAGUCAGUGAUUCUGUUAUGUUUUUUGAAAUCUUGAAAGUUAUGUUCAAGAUGUGGCACUCUUUAAUGAACAUUUGCGAAGGUAUCCUCACAUUAAAAUUAUUUCAUUUAUUUUAAAAGCUUGCUUGUGUUACAUCUGUGCAAAUAACUCUUUUUAACUGUAAAAGAAAUUGUCAUAUUUUUUACUUCAAAACAAACAUUUAUUAGACUGUUACAAUGUAUCACUUGCCAUCUUAUUUCAAAUGCCAAGAAGGAUUGUUUUUUCUAUUUCAUGUUGCAGCAAAAUAUGCCAUCUGUUUAUAAAUUGGUUCAGGAUAUUAGUAACUAACAAAUGAACUUCAUCUGUAAAACUGGUAUUAAACUACUGAUUUUAUUGCAAUUCUAAAACAUACUAACAUGACUGUUAGUGGUAUAAUUGAUACCACAAAAAUAUAUGGAUUUGUUGAUAGCCACUUGUUACUAAUUUCAGUGUAGAUACUAAUAUCUGCUGCUACUUGUUUAAAUUGCAGUGGCUAUGCGAAGAUCAUUAUUUUAGUGAUUGAUGGGCAAAAUUGUAAGAUUUGGCUAUUGAGAUGAAAAUGUCCAGUUUUUAAAAUGCAUUCAUUCCUAUAAUCAAAAACAUUUUGAUGAAUUUGGAUUAUGUGAUUAUUUUUUCACGAAAUGAAGUUAUGUGCUCCAAGUUUCAAAUACAUUUGAAAGGAUAGUAUGUUGUUGAAUUAAAUCAAGUUUCAUUUAACGAAGUGCAUUCUAAAUUUUUGCAGAUGUGUUAAUUUUUAGAAGAAAUUUAUGAUCUUGCAUUUUAUGGGAUUUCCUUUAGUAUUUACUGAAAUUAAAUUGGAUUUUAUUUUUUCUAAAGCCAAAGCAGUUUUAAUUAACAGUAGCAUUAAAAGGCUAAAAUCAGUUGUAUAUUUUUCAACAAAGAAUGACUGGAAAAUUAAUAGCUUUUAUUUUGAUUUAUGGAAUAAGUUGAGCAUGGAAUAUUGGGUAACAUGUAAAAAAUCGUGUAACAUGUAAACAUAUGUUGAGAAUGAAAGUCAUUUAAUUUUUGUCAGCAUUUCUGAAAAAGAAAAAAAAAUUUUUUUUUUAAUCUUCUUAUCUGAAAAUAUAUAUUGUUAAAAGUUAUAAACCAAGCUGUUUUGUACUGAGAUAAGCAAUAUAUUGCAUUAAGAACAUCUCUUAUUCUAUACCAAAAUUCUGUAGAUAUUCAAAAAAAUUAUUAUUUGGAUGUUAAAAUUUAGUCUAAAAAUCAUCAUUCAUACAGCCAAAAACUCCUUUACAGAAUUGAUGACGAAAGUUCACUAACUUUAAAGUACUUAUUGAUAUGAAAAGCAAACAACAUUCAUUCAUUCCAUAGUAAUGAGAUACAAACACACUUCUCAUUUAUAAAGGAAAAGAAAAGAGGGGUAAAAUAAUUACCCCUCAAAAAGUCUCCUGAUUGUUUUUAAAUUAUUGGGUGUCUCAUUAACAACCUGUCCGCAGACGUAAAAGGUCGCAGGUAGCAUAGCCAUGAGGUCAAGCAAGGGAAAUGUCUUCUCUUUAGCUGCAGAAGUCCUCUCUAUAGUCAGUCAGAUGUGCUUGGCCAGAGCCAGUCACAUGUGUCACCCUCCCAAGUACUGACCCCGACCGCUGCUUCUUGAAACAGGAAGUGAGGGGAGGAAAUGAAAUUUUUGAAAGUGAAUUGUGUCCUUAAAUUAUCAUCAGGAAUGGGAUGUCAUUUAAUCUUCCUCUUCCGCGACUUUCAUGAUAGCAUUGGUGCUCGAAAUCCAGCUGCUAAUUUUUCUGCUGUUCCUUUGGCUGCUCUGAUUUUUCCUAUCUGAUCGAUGAUGUUUCCUAUGAAGUUCAGAAUUUUUGGGUCUUGUAACCAAAAUCAAGAGAAGAAAAAAAAUGCAUUAUUUCAAGUACAAUAGGCAAGGAACACCAACUGCUAUUGGCUGAAAAGGUAUUCUUCUUGAAUAUAUAUUUAUGUGGCGCUUAUGGAUCCGUCAUUUUAAAUGAGCUCCUGUCUGUUGUAUUUAUUGCAUUAGUCUGCAAAGAGAUAACAUUGGUGCAUAUCUGACAGAUUAAAAAUUAAGUGUAUCUUAAAUUAUGUCAUUUAGAUGUAAUUUAGAAAACAUGGUAAAAAGAGAUUGAUUUCAAAAUCUCCUGAAGUGUUUAAGCAGUUAUAGAUAGAUAAAUUUGAAAGAUCUUAUGCUUUGCCUUAUGGCAGUAUUAAUGACUAUUAUUUGUAAUGCUGCACAGAAAAUAAUUAAAGAUCUUAUGUUUCACUAUAGUUACAUAAUUAUAAAUGACAAAGAUAUUUCUGAUGUCAGAACUAGCUUUAUAUGCUAGAUAAGUCAUAAAAAAUUGCAAUAUUUGAUAAAGUAGCAUUGUUUUGUGAUUUUUCAAGCAUUUACAAUGCAGUUUCCAAGUUGGGAGGAUGAGUUCUCAGAAUAAAGAAUAACUAAACAUAUAUAUAUAUAUAUAUAAUGAUUGCAUGCAUCAAUUCAUUUAUUUUAUAUUCAUCAUUGUUAACAUAUUUCUUUUCAACCAUUAUUUGAAUACAUUUUAUGGCAGCUGGUGAGAGAUAAAACAUUCCUUUAAUAAAUAUGAGUUAAAGCUGUAAAAAGAGGAAUAACAAUGAUAUUUCAAAAAUAUAGCUAGAAUUUGUGAAAUUCUGAAAAUCUCAUUAUGGUGAGAAAAUGCUUCAUACUUUUUUUGAGUGGAAUAUAAAUACCAAUCUGAGAUUUAUAAGCUGUAGUUUUGUGUACCAAAUGUACAUUCUUCUGUGACAGUUUAUGUAAACAUAAACUAAUUAAUAAAAAAUUAAUGAACUAACAAAGUGUGCUUCAAGGUAUAGACUGCAAAUUUCAUGUAACACUGAGGAUUCAUUUUAAUUGCAGAGAAUGGAAAACUGCAAAUAGGUCUUAAAAAUGUAGCUACUAAACUGAUGUAAAUUGGCAGUAUAAAAAUCUGUUUGGGCAUGCCAUGUUGAUCUGUAACUUCAAAAUACUGGCAAAAUUGAGAGUUUGAUAAUGAAAAGCUUUGUUAAUUUUUAUUUAUUUAGUUUUACCUUGCUUUUCUUUGAGGAUUUGAAAUUAAUAUUAACAAAUAUAUUCUUUCUUGGGGGGGGGAGGAAUGCACAGAUCAGCUGUGUGUUUUUAUUUGAAGUUCAAAAGUUGUAAGACUUUUCUUGUGAUGUGCAUAAUAUACGGCAUUAGAAAAAUCUUUUAUAAUCUAUAGUAAUGGGCAAAUGUUCAUAAAACUUACGAAUUAAAUCGUGAAAUGGCUAUAUUUGUAAAUUGCAUCCACUGGAGAUAAUCAGAAGUACUUCUAUUAUUUUUAAAUUGUUCAUUUAUACUGUUUUAAUUUGAAGGCUAAUUUAAAAAUUUUAUUACAUUAACUGCAACAUCAUUGAGAACUGGUGGUAUACAAGGCUACUUAGAUGAUAUAUGAAAGAUCUUAUGCCUGGAAGUUUGGUAACGCUUGCCAGACUACAUGGAUGAUAAAUGCCUGGCAAUGUAAUAUAGUGAACGUUGUGGGGAGGGGACCAGAAAGGGUGGUUAUAUAUGUUUAUGAUGAUGGUUAAAAAAGGGAAAAGGGCUGUUUAUACAUGAAAUAGGAAUGCAAUUUCGUGACAUUUUAAAUCUUUCUUUUGGCAUUCUCUAUACUUAGACUGUUAGUUAAAACUGUUGAGAUGUCUAAUUCUUAGUUAUAAAUUGCCUAUAAAAAAUACUUUUUUUGUGUGCUGCAUCUUGGAUAGUUGUGGCAGAUGUUAGUAGUAAACCUGGUAUACUUAUUAGAAAUAUUUUCUCUUUUAAUAUUUAGUAUUGUAAUAGUGCCCAGAAUGAUUUUGUCAAUACUAAUUAUUUUGUGCCAGAAUGCUUUCCUGUAUUUGCAGUUGUGAUACUAUUCUGUAAAAGAAAGUGAAAAAGCUUUAAAGAAAAUUUUUAUUUGCUGAAAAUUGUGCCUGUGUGAAAUAAAUAUUGGUGAAAGGAGGUGAAAAAAAUCUCCCACAGCCUGUGCAAAAAAUCCUGUACUCAGGUCUCCAGACUAUUAAGAGUUUUGGGAAAACCCUGCUUUUCACUUGUUUGAAAUGUGUAAAGAAAUACACCUGUAAUAAAGUGUAAAAAUUUGC